AAAAGGAAAGCGGGAGUCUUCUUUUGUGAUCUCCGAACACGAAAGCUUCCGAAUCUUUCCUGUGUCUCUCACUAUCUUCGCGGUUUUAAGCUUCUGGGGUCCCCUUUCACUUGCAGAGCUCAGAUCUCUCUUCUCUCGUUGCUUUUAAUCGUUUUCAAGCAGAUGGCAAUGCAGGAAGCAACCCCUGCCUCUGCUCCUAGUGCUGAAGUGGUUGGCAAUGCCUUUGUGGAGCAAUAUUAUCAUAUUCUGCAUCAAUCCCCAAACUUGGUGCACCGAUUUUAUCAGGAUUCAAGUUUCUUAAGUCGACCAGAUGGCAAUGGAGUGAUGAUGACAGUGACAACUAUGCAAGCAAUAAAUGAAAAAAUUCUUUCCCUGAAUUAUGAAGACUAUACAGCGGAAAUAAAAACUGCAGAUGCUCAGGAGUCAUACGAUAAAGGUGUGAUAGUUUUAGUUACUGGAUGCUUAACUGGGAAGGAUGGUGUGACAAGGAAGUUCACACAGACAUUCUUUCUAGCUCCACAAGACAAAGGCUAUUAUGUCUUAAAUGAUGUCUUUAGGUAUAUCGAGGAUAAAGACACAUUGCAAUCAAAUCCUGUCUCUGAAAUCAUCAAUGAAAACAUUGAGAAAGUUCCUGUGCCAGAAGCAGAGGUUGUAUAUGCUCCUGAACAUGUGGCAGACCCUGCAACUUCUGUAGAGGUGGAACAUCUUCAUAAUGGUGCUGAAGCUGAUGAUCCUUUGGACAAUGAGGGAGAAGGAUCAGUUAUUGAUGAAGAGGUUGUUGAACCCUCUACUGAACUGAAUCAGAACAAUAUUGUUACAAGUGUUCUAUCAACUCCAGCAGCCCAAGAUGAUGCACCAAGAAAAUCAUAUGCAUCGAUUGUGAGAGAAUCCCCAUACUUAAUGCAACAUCUGGUUCCUGUCUAUGUUCCAAGCCGAAUCAUAGUGGCAUCUACAAAACCAAGUCAGCAAUUGCCUGCUACUGCCAAACCUACUCCUGGACCUGAGGUACCAGUGCCUAUUAAUGACAGCACUCCUGAAAGUAGUGAUGUUCAUGAAGAAGCUGAAGGUCACUCAAUAUAUGUACGAAAUUUGCCAUUUAAUGCAACAGUUGAACAACUUGAGGAGGUGUUUAAGAAAUUUGGGCCUAUUAAGCAUGAUGGAAUUCAAGUUAGAAGUAGCAAGCAGGGAUUCUGUUUUGGAUUUGUUGAAUUUGAAGAAUUGAGUUCCAUGCAGAGUGCACUUGAGGCGGCACAUGUCGCUAUUGGUGGUCGGCAAGCUGCCAUUGAGGAAAAGAGAACAACUACACGAGUCAGCGGUAGUAGUGGGAGAGGGAGGUAUCCUUCAGGAAGAGGUAGCUUCAGAAGUGAGAGCUUUAGGGGCCGAGGAAAAUUUGGCAGCGGCCGAGGUUACGGAAGAAGCGAUUUCAGAAACCAGGGAGAGUUUUCAGGGCGGCAUAAAGGUUCAGCUGGACAGAAAGGAGAUAGUUCGUUACAGGUAAGCCAAAAUGGAAGUGGACGAGGCAGCCGGCAAGGUGGCGGAAGCCGUAGUUCUCAACCAUUAGCUUAAGCAUGAUCGUUGGUUAAGAGAAACUACUCAAUGGAUUUUUACCCCCUUUUUGGUUAGCAGGAAAACAAGCAAAACACGUUAACAUUUUUCCCUUGUUGAGGAAAGGGGACAAUAAUUUAACUUGUGGUUAAAUAGGCGCAAGUUGAGGGUUCCGAUUUGCAUGUUCCAAUCAUUCAAUGGUAUAUUAGUCAUAAAUUUAUGAUUAGGAGGCUUACUCAGCCCAUACACGAGUGUUUUUUCUGGGUCAUGUUAUUUUGCUUUUUCAAAAACGACUUUUUUCUUUUCCUAACCCCCUCUCCCUCACUUGUUAUGUCAUUUUCGUUUCUAGACUGUC